AUGAAUAACUCUGACCUUAGGACUACCAUUAAGAACUAGGAAAUAUUAAAUGCACUAAAACUUGAUUCAGCUAAUUUAAAAAAAAUGACAGCCCAUAAUUUUAUUGUAGAUUCUGAAUCAGGACCUUAUAAAACAAUUCAAGAAGCAAUAGAUGCAGCUGAACCAGGUAGCACGAUUAAAAUUGCUCCUGGCCUCUAUAAUGAUAAUAUUUAUAUAAACAAACCUGAUCUUACCCUAGAACCUAAAGAAAAGGUUGGUGAUAUCAUUUUAGUUGUUUAAAAUAAACCCGCUAUUAGGGUAAAUUUAUAGCCUGGACAGUCUUGCAAGAUAUCAUCAAUGAAAUUAAGUCAUAGUGGCACAAACGAAAAUAUAGAAGAAAUAGAAAAGUUGAUGUAAGAAAAAGAGUUUACAUUAAAUUUGUUUGGAGGUGGUAAGGUGUUAGAUGGCAUCUCACAGUAUAGUGAAUGUGAACCUGAUUUAGAACUAGUAAAUAAAUUUCCCAUAGAACCCGAUAUGAAUUGUAUUCUAUAUGUAGAAGGAGGAGAGUUAGUCAUGGAAAAAUGCUUGUUAUCACUCAACUUUAUUAUAAGUAAUAAUCGUAAUAUACUUCCUGCAGUUAUUGUAACAGAAAAUGGCAAAAUAGACUUUUCCCAAGUAGAAAUAAAGGGUAAUAUAAAUCAUGAGACAAUAGGUGUUAUUUUAAGAAAAGGUAAUGCAAAAAUAGAUAAAUCUAAAAUAUAUGGGCAUUUGUUUGGUGGAAUAGCUAUAUGGAGUAAUAAAAAUAAUGUAAUCAAAAUAACAAAUAGUAAAAUAUAUAAAAACUCAAAAAUGGGCAUUCAUUGUGUUGGAGAAGAUGGAGAAGUUUUAAUAGAAGGAAAUAAAAUAGAAAAUAAUAACGGAUCAGGCGUUAAAAUUGGAAUAGCCAAUAAGUGUUAAAUCAUAAAGAAUGAAAUCAAAUAAAAUUAAAUAGGAGUUGAAGUCAUUUCUGGAGAGCCCUUUAUAUUCUCAAACAAAAUAGAUAAAAAUUACACAGAUGGCAUUCUUACUAACACUUUCCAUAAUAUAAGAUGUGAUGCAAUAAUAAAAAAUAAUUUAAGUAUUUGCAGGAAUAGUGAUAAUGGCAUUCAUUGCAAAGGACUUAAUAAUUAUACAAAAAUAGAACUGAACUCUUUUAUUGCUUAUAAUAAAAAAGCUGGCAUUAAAAUAGAUGAAGAGGCUACAGUUUCAAUUUUUAAAAAUAAGGUCUAAAAAAAUUUUACUUAAGGAAUUUUAUUAGUAGAAUCAAGUAGUGCAGUCAUAGAAUAAAAUGAAAUAAAGGAAAAUAUAAAAGCAAAUAUUGCCAUGGGAGGUAUUAAUGCAAUCAACACUUGCAUCUUGAAAAAUAUUAUUUCUGGAGGAAGAUGUGAAGGGAUUUUUAUUAUAGAGAGUGGUAAUUGCUGGAUAAAAGAAAAUAAUAUAUCAGACAAUAAUGAUGGAAUUGUUUGCAUAACCUCAUUGCCCGAAAUAUCUUUUAACGAUAUUUCUAAAAAUAAAAGCAAUGGUAUAAUGGUAAUGAAAGAUAGUAGGCCUAAUAUAGUUUCUAAUAUAAUAACUGAUAAUGAUGGUAUAGGAUUAUUUAUUAGAGAUAAAAGCUGGGGUAAAAUAAAAGAUAACACAAUUAAAAGUAAUGAAAUAGAGCUUGUUUUAGAAAGGAAAAAUGAAUUUUAAUAAAGUAUCUUAUCAGAUAACUCUGUAACAGGAGAUAUACGUUUACCGUAAGGUGUUUCUUGCAAUAUUUUUUGA